AAGUAAUGUAUAAAGAACGAAAGAGCGUGUUUUAUCGGCUGAUAAUGAUUCGAGCCGAAGGCGAGAAUCUUUAGCGCCGAUAAAACACGCUCUUGAGUUCUUUAUACAACUUAUCAAACUCCUAGUAUAAUUCAUAUGUAAAAUAUCUUAUAAAAAAGAUAUUUCUGAGAGGUUUUCUCGUUUUAAGUAAAGUAACUGUACACUUUUGCAGAAAACUGGGUUUAAUUAUAAGUAUCUUGUUAUCGAAUAAUAGUGAAACAAUGUUUCUUUGAUGAGCUGCAUUCAUAAGAUACAACGUGUAGAUAUUUAAUUGCCUGUGGGAAUUGUUUAAAGCUGAAAACCAUUUCAAAAUAUAACUAUCCAGGGAAUUCAAACUUAUUACUAUUCACGAUGAUGCGAAAAGUUAGUUCAGUUUAUCGACUGAGAGCAAUAAGCUGUUCCCGAGAAUAACGCUGGUAUAAACGAAGGAAAAUGAGGCGUUUCAGGAAACCUAAGUCUAAAGAAGAAGAGGCCAAUUGUGUAGGCUCAAGUGUCCCAAAGAACACAAAAUAUGUAACAAAAUGGGCAGUAACUCUGUUUUGCGACUGGCAAAAGGCCCGGAAUAAUAAAAAGGCAGAGUUUGAAGAAACUAGUUUCAAUUUUGGCGACAUUAAAACUCUGCAAGAUUGCGACACAAAUCUGGAGGAAAUGGGAGCGCAGUCAUUAAAUUUUUGGAUGAUUAAAUUUGUGCAAGAAGUUGCCAAAAAGGACGGCGACCUGUAUCCACCGAAGACAUUAAACAGCAUUGUGUGUGGUAUAAACCGAUACCUGGAAGACAAGAACGACUACAACUUCAUGGAUAAGAGUGAUAAAAGAUUUUCCUUGCUAAGAAAAGUCAUGGACGCCGAAAUGAAAGAGUCCACAAAAAAAGGAUUUGGCCUUAAGAACACAAAACCACAACGAGAACCAGUUACAGCAGAAGAAGAGGAGAUACUUUGGUCUAAAGGACUGUUAGGGGGUAAUUGUGCUACUAGUUUAUUGCACACUAUUUAUUUCUAUAAUGGAAAAUUAUUUGGUCUAAGGGCGAAAGACCAUCGCAAUUUGCGAAUAGCUAAUUUCAGGAUUACUGAUAACAUAAUCACUUUUGACGAAAGUUUUAGCAAAACGUUUCACGGUGGCCUCAAAGAUCUAAAAAAUACACCAAGAGUAUCCACUCAUUUUUGCCACGAUUCAGGUAAAGAGCAUCCCAGGUGCUUAGUACAAUUGUAUAAGUUGUAUCUUGAAAAAAUCAAAAUUUUUGAUUCAGUAGUACAGGAUAAGGCUUUCUAUUUCUAUCCAAAUCGCGAUUUCAGUAAGUUUGAAUUUGAGCAAAGACCUCUAGGUGAAAAUAAGUUAAAUGGUAUUCUACCAGAUGAGCUUUGUGCUAAGGCCGGCCUGCCAAGGAAGACAGCACAUUCAUUAAGGAUAACCACUGCAACUAGGCUUUUUCAAAGUGGUAUUGAAGAGAAGCUUAUUAGAGAUCGAACGGGUCACAAAUCAGAUUCACUUUUCAAAUAUGAAAGAGUCUCAAAUCAACAGUUAAAGCAAGCGAGUUCAAUUUUAGGUCCUUGUAAUUCCGAGGCUAACGAUAGUACAAAUUACCCUUCAUUUGAGUUCAAUCUGUUUGAUACCUUAGGGGAUAAUGUUUUUGAUAAUGUAAUUUCUGAUGAAACAUUAUGCAGCAUUAAUUUAUCUGAUGAUGAUUUGAUGUUUAAUGAAGAUGUGGCAGAUGAAAUAUUAGCAGGCAUAGAUUACGAGAGUGCCACUACCAGUGUAACUCGGCCUACACCAAAAGUUAGUGAAGCUUGUACAGCUAGUCCACCUAAAUUAGUGUUUAGUAACUGCACUUUCACCAAUGUAACGUUUACUAAUUCAAAAUGAUUGAACAGUUAAGUAAUAACACAGAUGUAUUUAUCUAGCUUAAAGGUAAAACUUGAAAAUUAAAGACUAUAUGUUGCUUUGGCGUCUUGCAUUUGAUCUUGAUAAAGCAUUAAUGAAUAAAAUAUUAGUCCUUUAUCGUAAAUUGAUAAAGGACUAAUGUUUUAUUCAUUAAUGCUUUAUCAGCCCCGCACUCCCCUGAAAAUAUUCAAUGCCGCCCCCGACUUUUAGAAUGUUGCGCUUUUCUCUACUACUAAAAAUGUCGUCACGUGGUCGUAUAAUAGCAUAUCAUUGGCUUACAAUCCUAUGAAUUAUUAAUGAGUUUGAUAA